UCUUUUGGCAAUUUCCCAUCUUACCAAAAAUAGACUCAUUAUGGAGUACAUGAUAAUUUUUCACUACUCUUUUAUCAUUUUAACAUGAUGAAUAAAAAUAGUUUAUGGCUUACGAAAUAUUCGCCAAAACUCACAUGCACGGAGGGGUCCGUCAGUAUGGGGGGAGCAGUUACUAACUUUACUACUAAUAUCAUCACUUCACUCUCAUGAAAUAAAGAAAAAACCCCACAGCAUUCAAGAAUCAAGAAAGUCGUUUGCUGGCAAACUUUAUGUGUAGCAAAUCAAAAAUCACCCUUAUAGCCACAAAUUUCCAGUACCAAAAAUUCAAAGACUCAAACUGUUUUGUCUGCAAUGAGUCCGGGGGGAGUAUUUGCUGGAGUAUUCUUUUUGUUGGCAGUGUAUUGUGGGGUUGACCCUUUUAAGCAUAGUGCAAUUUAUGAUGUCAAAGAUUUUAAGGCUUACAGAGUUGAUGUCCCUCACUGGUCUGAAAUUCCAGUGGAAAAGGAUACUCAGAAUUUGCUACAGAAAUCGGAAAUCAAGUUCUUGAAUGAGAUUCAGGGCCCGGAAAGUAUUGCAUUUGACCCCAAAGGGAGGGGACCUUACACAGGUAUAGCUGAUGGGAGAAUUGUGUUGUGGGAUGGUGACAAAUGGAUUGAUUUCGCUUAUACCUCUGCUAAUAAUAGGUCUGGCUUCUGUGACCCAAAACCAUCACCCCUGAGCUAUUUAAAAAAUGAGCACAUCUGUGGCAGGCCUUUGGGGUUACAGUUUGAUAAAAGAACAGGUGACUUGUAUAUUGCUGAUGCAUAUUUUGGGUUGAUGAAAGUAGGGCCUGAAGGUGGACUAGCAGAAACAUUGACAACUGAGGCUGAAGGAGUGCCUCUGGUAUUCACAAAUGACCUGGAUGUUGAUGAUGAAGGAAAUGUCUAUUUUACGGAUAGCAGCACCAAGUACCAAAGAAGGAAUUUCAUGCUGCUGGUUUACUCAGCAGAAGAUAGUGGGAGGGUUCUGAAGUACAAUCCUAGUACUAAACAAACCACUGUUCUUGUUCGGAAUCUCCAAUUCCCAAAUGGUCUGUCACUAAGCAAGGACCGUUCCUUCUUUGUAUUCUGUGAAGGUGCCAAGGGCAGGUUACAGAAGUACUGGUUGAAAGGCGAGAAAGCGGGGACCUUAGAAGUGAUGGCAGUCCUCCCAGGAUAUCCCGAUAAUAUCAGUACAAAUGAGAGAGGUGAAUUUUGGGUAGCAAUCCACAGUCGCCGUACCACUUACAGCAUUAUAAAUUCCAAAUACCCUCAACUUCGUCUGUUCUUGCUGAAGCUUCCUAUCCCAGUAAAGCUCCGCUCCCUCCUGCAAGAAGGCAAAGCGCCGGCUAUUGUUGUGAAGUAUAGCCCUGAAGGUAAGUUGCUACAGAUAUUGGAAGAUGGAGAAGGGAAAGUUGUUAGUGCUGUUAGUGAUGUUGAGGAGAUAAAUGGGAAGCUUUGGAUGGGAAGUGUCUUCAUGCCUAUCAUUGCUGUUUACCAACUAGAAUGAGCUAAAAGAGUUAUCCUUUUUCUUUCUUUCUUUCUUACAUUAUUGAUCACUUUCUCCUUUGGAUACUCUCUCUCUCUAACACUCUGCUUGGAUGGUUGUUACUUACGGUUUCGCAAUGUAUCGUAUUGUAUGGUUAGAAUUAUUCUGUUGAUAACUCUCUUUCUAGUUCCCUAAUAGUUUUGAUGUUCCUGUUGAUGACAAGAAUGCAUAUAGGAAGUCUUCUCUAGUGGAGCCUCAAUUCUUUGA